GACUGACAACACAAGAGCUUCAGGGUGCAAUUCCGAGGCGCAAGCCAUGCCUCCAGACUGGUGGUCUUUCACAAGCCACCGGCGACCGGUCCUGGACCUGCUAUGCGCCGUGUACGGGCUCAGUUCCUGGUUGGCCAUCACGGGCAUCUGGAUGGAACUGCCCGUGCUGGUCCACGUCCUUCCCGAGGGCUGGGCACUAUCCUCCUCUCUCACGCUCACCAUCCAGCUGGCCAACCGAGAGGAGUACAGGGCGACGAGGUUUGGACCAGGGAUCCUCCAGGUGGCACUCCACGCCAUUCCAACUGAAGAGCCCCCGGAAGAGAAACCCGACGAGGUGACUCAGCAAAGACCCAGAAUGCGGAAGUGGAGAUAUGUCGCCCUGCUCUUGACCCAAGGAUGGUCAAGUCUGCUCUCCUUCGGAUUUCUGCCUUCGCUGCAGUCGUACUCCUGCCUGCCGUACGGCAGCGGGGUGCUGCACUUGUCUGUGACGCUGUGCGGCAUCGCGUACCCGGCGUCCUGCAUCGCGGCCAUGUUCGUGACCCUGCGCAAGCAGGCGCACCUGAACCUUAUGACCCUGGUGGGAACCCUGCUGUCUGCCUACAUCACCGUCACCGCAGUGAUGAGCCCGAGCCCGCCGCUUGUCGACACCGCCAUCGGAAGCGCUCUGAUCGUGUCCUGCUGGGUGUGCGCCUUCCUGCUGCUGUCGUACGUGCGCACGGUGCUGACACUGCUCAUGGCGGCCCAGGGAGAGACGGCCCUCUUCUGGGUGGGGGCCGCCACCCAGCUCGGAGCCGUACUGGGCUCCGUCGCCCUCUAUGUGCCCAUCAACCACUUCGGUGUGUUCGUCGAGAGGAGCACCUGCUGA